AUGACACGCCACCACCGGCCCACGACGCUUCACCUCGCCACUGUCCUCGCGCUGCUGUCUGUCACCACGAACCUGCCCAGCCUAAUGUUGGUCCCCGGCGUUGCGGCAGUAGAGGACCUAGAGGCUGAGGACGUCCCGCCCGAGUGCGCUCAGGUUUGCGCGCCUAUAGUACAGCUCACGGCGCGGUGCGAGGCACAGGUGGAGGCCCAGUUCGGGAAGGACAAGCGGGAUCUACCGAUUCGACAAUACCAUGAUGGAUCGGUAAAGGACAGGGAUGUCAAGGGAAGGAUAGAACGGAGAGGGGAUGGUAAGAAGAGAAGGAGAAGGAAUCUACAGAGGAUGCUGGGUCGGAGACUCAGCGGGAGACAGGAGCCGGAGUCAGAGGAUAGCAGCGACGAAGAAGAGGAGCCCACGGCGAGUCUGGCUCCGGGGUCGGGCUUCGCUGCCGUGCCUACGUUGGGCGUCGGGCGCUCAGCGAGCGCGGAGGAUGCUGCGAAGGAGGCUUCCGAGAAGGCUGCUGAGGCGGCGGUGAAGAAUGCUUCGAGGGCGUGUGUUUGUGGGGAGAGGGGGUUUGACGUUGCCGGGGCUGCGUUUGGGUGUUUGUCGUGCAUUUCGCGGAACGUUACGGCCGUGGAAGCCAAUGAGGAUAUCAGAGAAGUCAUUGGAGAAUGCGGCUUCGUUGCCGCGCCGGCCGCUCCGGUCCCGGCGCCGCCGGUGACGAUUUCUACGACUACGACUUCAUCUCCGCCGAUAGUCCCACCGCCAGUGUUGAACCCAGCCGUGACAACAACGUUGCCGGCAAACUUGGCCCCCGCGCAACCCUUCCCAUCGACGUCUACCUCUUCGUCCUCGUCAUCGGUACCCCUUCCCCCAGCGCCCGCUAUACCACCCGCCAUCCAGACAUCUACCUCAACAACUGCACCCCCGCCGACCAUUCCGCCGGCAGUUCAGACUCCAUCAGCCUCACCUACUCCGCCGCCGCCAUCCGUACCCCCCGUUAACGGGGUUUCUUCGGCCCCGUCUUCGGAGUCCAUCACGCCGGUGACGGUCUUUGUUCCACCGAAUUUUCAAACGCUGCCGUCCAUCGUGCCUCCGAAUGAUUUUCGUAACGCACCGUCUCUGCCUGAUGCGAAUGGAAACCAGAUGAGUAGUGCGGAGGGGCGAUCUAGGGUACUCCGGUUGUGGGGGGCGGGCGGUGCGUGGGUGGUUAUUCUGGCCUUGGUCAUACUGGGUUGA